AUGAUGCUCUAUGGCGCGACGAACAAGGCGGGAGAGCAGGUCCUUAACAUGAUGACGUCGGACCACUCGCUUUUUAUGCACUUCUCCAUAAGACUAAAUUUCAAGACGGCAGCAAACCUACUUGAGAGGGUCCAGGACGUGCGUCGUAGUCUUCGUGUGUCAUUGGACAUAAAUGUCGAGGACGACGUCAAAGUGCUAGAGGAAGUCGCCAAGGACGCCGAUGUGGCCUCCAAGGUAGAGCCGAUGUGGACUUUCCAAGGAUUUGCCUCGUGUCAUGAUAAGCUUGCGCCGGAAGGCGCUCGAGUCCGACCUUGA